AUGCGUUCAGUCCUGGCUCUGGCUAUGCUUGCCCUCCCGGCGUGGGGGAUGAGGGAUACAGCCCCGUUCUUGGUGUGGAAUGACAACGAGGAUUCGGCAUGGCAGCAGGCGCUCGCAGGUGGCAAAGCGUUGGUAGAAGGCGAAGCUGUAUACAAGGGCUUGAAAUACCUCGGGUGCGCAUGGGACAAUGCUGUAGUCGUACACGUUGACAAGCUGCAUCACUCCAAGCUCGACGCCUACAACACCCCCUCCGACGCGCACCUGCACAUCCCGUACUUGAAGGGGCCUUCCCGCCGGGGAUUGUCGGGUGGGCUGGAAGAUUGGGCGAGCGCGUGUGAGGCGGAGGUGGUCGGUUCGCUUGAAGAGUUGGAUGGGGGUAGGCAGGUGGUUGAUCUUUGGAUCAAGGAGGGAGAAGUCGUGCCAUGGACCGAAAUCCCAAGCGCAGCGCUCAUCAUCCUAACCGGCUCCCCUCCCACCCACACCAAACGCCAAGAAUACCCCUUCCCCUCCAACCCCUCCUCCUCCUACACCUACUCUGAAUCUCAAACCGCCCCCUCCACCCCCACCUCAACCUCCCGCAACAGCACCAUCCCUCCCAAGACCGCGCCCUUACUCGACAGGGUACAGAUCCUGACCACGCCCAUCAUCACGGCGCUGCUGAUUACGUUUGGGAUCUUCAUCCCGCUUUUGGCGUUUGCAAUUACGCAGUUGGUGGGGAUCCAGGUGCCGCCUAUGAUGCUCAACAUCAUCCCGCGCGAAAAGAUGGGCAAGGAGAGGAAGGAUCAGUAG